ACACUCUCUCCCAAAAUGCCGGCAACUCACGCGCCAACCUCAUCGAUAACCUCACUCCUCCGCCUUCCUUCUCCCCCUCUCUCCUCUCUUCGCACGCUUCCACUACUUGGCAUCGCCAAGUUUCGCUGCUUCCGUUAUAGCCAGAGCUCACUCCGUACGGUAACAGCCAUGUCUGUACAGACCGCCGCGUCCGCCGUAUCAUCGCCGGACCACGUUGCCGGGAAAUGGUUUUCGGUGCCGGAGCUCCGACUCCGAGACCACCGAUUCACCGUGCCUCUCGACUACUCUGUCGAUCGUACCGCUUCGCCUAAGAUCUCAGUCUUCGCUCGCGAAGUUGUUUCAGUUGGUAAAGAAGAACAACAAUUGCCAUACCUAUUAUAUCUACAAGGUGGACCUGGAUUUGAGGCCCCCCGACCAACUGAAUCCAGUGGAUGGAUACGUAAAGCAUGUGAAGAAUUUCGUGUUAUAUUGCUGGAUCAGCGAGGAACAGGUUUAUCAACUCCUUUGACAGCUUCAUCUUUGUUGCAAUUGAAGUCUGAAGAGAAAUUGGUUGAUUAUGUAAAACAUUUUCGAGCUGAUAAUAUAGUAAAUGAUGCAGAGUUUAUUCGAGUACGUCUUGUUCCUGAUGCUGCACCAUGGACAAUCUUGGGUCAGAGCUUUGGUGGUUUUUGUGCAGUAACUUAUUUGAGUUUUGCACCACAAGGACUAAAGCAAGUCCUUUUAACUGGAGGAAUCCCUCCAAUAGGAAAUGGAUUCACUGGAGACGUUGUAUAUAGAGCAUGCUCUGAACGGAUUAUACAUCAGAAUGAGAAGUACUACAAAAGGUAUCCUGAAGAUAUUGAGGUUGUUCGUGAAGUUGUUAACUAUCUAUCAGAAUCAGAGGGCGGCGGGGUCCCACUUCCAUCCGGGGGCUUCCUAACCCCAAAGGGAUUGCAAACUCUUGGUCUUAGUGGCUUAGGAUCCAGUGCUGGUUUUGAGCGCUUACAUUACAUGUUUGAGAGGGCUUGGGAUCCUAUAAUAGUUCCAGGAGCACGAAAGGAAAUUAGUUAUUACUUCUUGGAUGCUUUUGACAAGUGGUCUUCUUUUGAUACAAAUCCACUUUAUGCUCUUCUUCAUGAGUCCAUAUACUGUCAAGGUGCUUCAUCACGGUGGUCUGCUCAUAGAAUAAGGGCUGAAGAUGAGGGCAAAUUUGAUGCAGUCCGGGCUGCAAAAGAAGGUCGUCCCGUACUUUUUACAGGAGAGAUGAUCUUCCCAUGGAUGUUCGAUGAGAUUCAUGCCUUAAGGAAAUUCAAAGGUGCUUCUCAUGUAUUGGCUGAGAAGAAGGAUUGGCCUCCCCUAUAUGACAUUGAUGCACUAAAAAAUAACAAGGUACCUGUUGCAGCUGCUGUUUACUACGAAGAUAUGUAUGUCAGCUUCAAGCUGGCCAUGGAAACUGCUUCGCAGAUAGCAGGGAUUCGGUUGUGGAUAACCAAUGAAUUCAUGCAUUCUGGUCUACGCGAUGCAGGGAGCCAGGUUUUUGAUCAUUUGAUGGGAAUGCUAGAUGGAAAGAAGCCUUUGUUCUGAUUUCCAUGGCAGUUCCUGCACUAAAUCUCUGUAGUUUGUACUUUUUUUCGGUCAAAAUGUGUGGUCUGGAGUUGAUUCAACUUAUUUACUUGAUACUUUGGCCUCGUUUGGUACGGAUGAUUGGAUUAGACAUUACAGAGACUUCUCUCUUCUAAUCCUACUAUUUUGGGGAGGAUUAGAAUUGAUAAACUCUUCAUUUCUUA